AUGACCGAGCCAAGCGUUGAAUUGGACGCUGAGGACGUACGACAGUUGUGGACCCUUGCAUGUCUAUUAGCACAGAAACAAUUGACCAAUCAAACAGCAAAUUGUCUACAGCCUCUGUGUGCAACUGAUUGCAGCGUUCGUAGUGCUGAAGAACAAGUGAUUCUUGUACAGGCGAAUAUCCUUCUUGCUGAGAUUUGUGGUGUAGCAUGCAGUAAUAAUCGGAAAGCAGACGAUUCUGAAUUGUGGACACGUCGUGUGCAUACCAUGGAGGAUUGCAUCGACUCUGUUGAUGCUGCUGUAGCACGAGGUGUUUCCUGCAGUCAAGAGAACAAGUUGCGUCUAGUGAAGGUUAAGUUUCUACUCCAGCAGCAAUUAAAAGCAGAACGAUCAGCAAAGACCCAAAAAAUGCUAGAGAUUUUAUCUGAUGGACUCAAAUCUUGUGCAGAAGCUGAAGGUGAUGGUGUGAGUAUGUUCUGGAAAUACUUUGAGAUCAAGUUGAAGGCGUGUCUGGUGAAGAUGCACGCUGCAACGGUUAUGGCAAAGUAUGCAAAGGGCAGCAAAGACAUUAACAGUUUUGCAGACAACUUGCUGUAUUUACGAACCACACUGCCAAAUGAUGUACACAAGCGUUUUCUGUUGUGGCUGGUAGAGGCGACGUGCCAUACUGCUAUCUCAUCGUUUUACCCUGGUGAAACUGCAGAUAUGCGUCAGCUGGUUGACUUUAGUGCGGAUUUUUUUGAUCGAGUGUCCCAACAGGAACCUGUGUCCACAUGCCUCCGCUUGCACCACCUGAUAAUAAUUGGGUUGUACUACUUCCGGACAGGCAAGGUAAUUAAGGUGGCGCCUUUGCUGGAACAAGCCAAGAUGUUGGCUCAUGGUGACAAUCGCAACAGUGACCAAGAGCCAGACGUUGUUGUCACGAAAUCCUGCCUGAAUAUAAUUUUGGACUCGAUGCGGGUGAGUGUUAUUGCAUGCUCUGAUCCUAAGGAGGCAUGUGGCCUCGCCAUGAAUACCGUUCUUGCUGCCCAAGCAAAUUUGCAGGUAUAUGCCCAGUUUCCAGCAGUGCGGCUUAUGCUCAUAGCAACGCUGGCUGAUCUAGAGCGCACUGUAUUGUAUCGUUUCUACCUCGCACGCUGCCACACACUGAUUGCUAAGUAUGCCGUAGCAAUUGGGAAAGUGAAGGAUGCUUGUGCUCACUUAAACUUUGUGGUAAACAAAGUGCUUCCUAUCCCCACAGUUGACGAGCCAUCGUAUCCUGACGCAUAUUUGGCGGUGUGGGUUGAUGUGCUUGAAGUUACAACAUAUUGUUGCGAAGUGGUUACUGUAGAAUCCUUGUCAAGAAACAGCGGUAAUCCAAUAGGUCUGCAGAUAAAGCAGAUCUAUCCGAGCCGACUUUUGCUCAAAUGGGUUGCUCGCAUUUUAAAAUUAGACGGCUUGCAACACCAAAUACAUCAGUGCUGUAGUGUUGAGUUACGUGCAAAGUACAACCUUGCACUUGCCAAAUGGAUGUGGGCAACGAAAAGUCUAUCAGAUGUUGCCAAAGAGGGCAUUAAACCGUUUAAAAAGUACACCGCACUGGAAGAGCUUCGCCCCAGGAUGUUUGCUCUCUUACAUGAGGCUCUUCAGCACAUGAACACGAGUGUGUCGUGUUGUGAGGCCACAUCCGAAAUCAUGGCGCUCUUUGGACUAGAGCUGGUUGCCGUUGGUGAAGUGGAGCAAGGUGAGGGUAUGCUGAAAAGCGCCAUCCGCAUCGCCCUUCACAGCAAGAACGUGUUGCUGCAGACGCGACUUCUUGCAGAUGUACUCAAGCAUUACACAAGCAAAGGACUGGCAGCGACGCAGGCGGCUGCAGCAAUAAAGUACGAGAAGAAGCUGGCAGUUUUGCAGCAUCGUAUCGCAAUAGCUCAGGACAAAAGAGACAUAACGGCAGCUUUGUUGCGAUGGACAGUUGGCAGUAUUGACGACAACACCAAGACGUCAACAUGUUCACCUGGACAACGAAACUAA